AUGGCCGACAUACUGUUGAAGAAGAUCCCAUACACGUUCAAAGACCCUUCCUUACUGGACACCCGCUCUUUCAUAGGAGGCAAAUGGGUUGACGCCAGCAAUGGCGACAAGUUUGCCGUGCUCGACCCCAGCGACAACGAACAGAUCUGCCAUGUCGCGGACUUGGGCCGAGACGAGACCAGGCAGGCCAUCGAGGCCGCGCGAUCAGCAUUUACCAAAUACCGCAAGACCACGGCGCGCGACCGCCGAUGGCUGAUGCGACGAUGGGCCGACCUCAUCAAGGAAGCCAAGGACGACCUCGCGGCGAUCUGCACCCUCGAGCUCGGCAAGCCCUACACCGAGUCCCUCGUCACCGUCAAAUACGGGACCGACUUCCUGGACUGGUUCGAGGGCGCCAUCGAGCGGCAGUACGGCGAGACAAUCCCCGCGGCGAAGGGGGAGAACCGGAUCUUCACGAUCCGGCAGCCCCAGGGCGUGGUCGCGGCCAUCACGCCCUGGAACUCCCCUGUCGCCAUGGUCACCCGGAAGGUCGGCGCCGCGAUCGCGGCGGGUAACACCGUCGUGUGCAAGCCCGCGCCGGAGACGCCGCUGUGCGCCAUCGCCGUGGCGAAGCUGUUCGAGCGCGCGGGCGGCCCGCCGGGCGUGCUCAACAUCGUGACCUCCAGCACGGAGAAAUCGAAGCUGGUAGGCGAGGAGAUGACGCAAAACCCGCUCGUCAAGCACCUCAGUUUCACGGGAAGCACGGCCGUCGGGCGGUACCUGCAUGCCGAGUGCGCCAAGUCGUUCAAGAAGACGAGCAUGGAACUAGGCGGCAACGCGCCUUUUAUUGUCUUUGAGGAUGCAAAUCUCGAAAAGGCGGCCGAGGGCCUAAUAUCCUCAAAGUUCCGCUCCUCCGGCCAGACGUGCGUGUGCGCGAAUCGCAUCUUCGUCCACCGCAGCGUCAUGGACCGCUUCGCCACCGUCCUAGCCACCAAACUGGCCAGCACCUUCCGCUACGGCUCCGUGUGGGACAAAAACGUCAACUUCGGCCCUUUGUACUCGGCGAGGGCGUUCGACAAGAUCCACGCCCAACUCGACGACGCGCUGGCCCACGGCGCCAAACUCCACGCCGACCAGACGGACCAGAGUCAGACGGGCCAGGUCGGGCAUAACGAUCUGGGCCCCAACUUCUACGCUCCGCGGAUCAUUACGCAUGCGACGAAAGACAUGCGGUUCAUGCGCGAGGAGACGUUCGGGCCCUUGGCGUUCCUGGUCCCCUUUGAGACGGACGAUGAGGCGAUCGCGCUGGCGAACGGCACGAGUGCGGGGCUUGCGUCGUAUUUCUUUACCGAGAACAUCUCGCGCGUGUGGCACGUCAGUGAGGAGUUGGAGUCCGGCAUGGUGGGCGUGAGAGUUGGGUUGAUCAGUGCGUGUGAGCAGCCGUUUGGGGGGAUCAAGGAUAGUGGUGUGGGAAGGGAGGGUGGGAAGGACGCGUUGGACGAGUAUACGGAGAUUAAGAGCAUUACGGUGGGGAUAUGA